AUGCGAAUUCUCGGCAUCGAUCCCGGGUUGAGCCGGACCGGAUUCUCGGUCCUGGAGGUCGACUCGGACCGACCGGCGAGCCCCCCCGCCGUCAUCGAAGCGGGCCAUUUUCGAUUCGAUCCGAAGCGAUCCGUCGCCUCGCGCCUCGCCGAACUCGAGCGCGACCUCGACGGCGCCGUCGCGCGCACCAAGCCGACUCACGCCGCCGUCGAGGCGAUCUACUCCCACGGCGAGUUCCCGCGCACGGCCAUCACGAUGGCGCACGCACGCGGCGUCGUGCUCCUGUGCCUCGAGCGCGCGAAGAUCGAGGUGCUCGAACUCCCCGCCAACACGAUCAAGAAGGCCGUCGCGGGCCACGGCCACGCGUCGAAGGAGCAGAUCGCGCACGCCGUGGCGUCGAUCCUCGCGCUCGACGCGCCGCCGGAGCCGGCGGACGUCGCGGACGCGAUGGCCAUCGCGCUGUGCGCCUCGACCCGCCUGCUCGCCGAGACCGCCGGCUAG